AUGGAGCUGAGUGGAGACUACACUACUAGGACUCCCCAGAAUAGAAACUGUCGAAUUCCACCCAGCCAAUGUUCUAGCUCUCAUUCAAAAGAGAAGGCCUUGACAAAGAUGAAGCUCCUCAUUCUCACCUGCCUUGUGGCUGUUGCUCUUGCCAAAUCUGAAAUUAUCAGUGAAGAAAAUCUUUCAGAAAUUUUGGAGAAUACCAAGAAUGAAGGAACUGAGGAACUUAUUUUGACAGACCUCGAGCAGAAUGAAUCUAGCAGCAGUUCAUCAAGUGAGGAAGAAACUCCCAACACUUCUACGAAAGUGCCGACGAGGGCAGUGAAUCAGCCUAUCAGCAAAAUCUACGUGAUUGAUGACUAUCAAAAUGACCAAUGGUACAACGUCCCACUGAUCCCGCAGUUUGCUCCUUACCCAGUACCUCCAAACACCCCUCAAAUCGUUAUCCCUGAGAACACUGAAAAUCUGGUUGCUAUGCCACAGUGGCUGAACAAUUAAGUCAAUUCUUAGGAACUCCACAAUUAUGGCCAUUGAUAUGACUGAAAAUCCCAUUUUCUGAAUAUUUCCUCUGUCAUGCAAAACCAUCUUAUCUGAAGUCUUCGACUGCUAGAGUAGGAAAAUUCCGUAUUGAGUUAUCUACUGUAUAUUAAUUCUUUCUUAAGUUAAAUUUUUCUGAAGAGUUUAUUGUCUAAAUUCCAGUUGUGUCAGGCCAGUAUGGUGGGCACUUAA